AUGGGCGCCCUGCUUCAGAUGGCAAAGUUAAAAUGGACGCCCGACGGCCAGACCUGUCUCGACCGAAAUGAGGCCCAGGAAGGGGUUCCCAGAACGGUGGGCCAGGAUAGUCGGGAAAUCCACAGCGGCUAUGUCCUGACCUUUUUGCUCCGAAUGGCGACACCCCGCCGUGGGAGGGCUGUCCAGACGCGGGACAUGCUCUGAAUGUGACGGAUUGCCACCUGUGUGAUGACCUUUCGGCCGGCGCCUGCCGAACAUGUCACGGCCUGAUGCGUAAGUAGCGCAGAACAACAAGAAACGAAAAAAAAAAGAAUCCAGCCUCACCCCACAGACUUGCCGUUGCCGCAACGCAUGUCUGACAGAUGCCGCACCAUAUCCCAUCCCACCCCAAAC